CGAGUGCACACAAUAAACUCACAGGCAGAGUGGGGGAGAGGUGGCACUUAUCAUACUGUAUUGGAAUUGAGAAUUUACGUCCCUCAGAGCUCAGCAUGGGAGGUGCGGUAGAAGCUUAGAUGACUAGUACCUCACUUAGCCUGGGGAUGGGAUGGGGGAUAAGAUAGAGCAGAGUUUUCCCAUGAGGUGAUCCUUGAAAGGUUAAUAGAAAUUUGUAAGGCAAAGAUGGAGGAAGAUGAAAGAUGGAGCGGAGUAACUUUGUCAGAUAUCAGUUUUCUGAUCCCAUGGUCCACUUAGCUGAGACUAUUACUGGACUCUCUCAAUACCAUAGCUAAGAACAAGUCUUACUGGAUUGCAUUCUUUCUUUUUUUUUAACAUCACUUUAUGCAUUAAUAGGUUACCAGUGUCAUCUAUGAUGCUGGGGCUACACUACAACCACACAACAGAACCCCCUGCCAGCUUCUUCCUUGUGGGUAUUCCGGGGUUGCAGUCCUCACAUCUUUGGCUGGCUAUCUCACUGAGUGCCAUGUACAGCACGGCCCUGUUGGGAAACAUCCUCAUCAUGACUGUAAUCUGGGUGGAUUCCACUCUACAAGAGCCUAUGUACUGGUUCCUGUAUGUUCUGGCUGCUGUGGACAUUGUUAUGGCCUCCUCUGUAGUACCCAAGAUGGUGAGCAUCUUCUGCUCAGGAAAUAGCUCCAUCAGCUUUAAUGCUUGUUUCACUCAGAUGUAUUUUGCUCACAUGGCCACAGCUGUGGAGACAGGGCUGCUGCCGGCCAUGGCUUUUGACCGCUAUAUAGCUAUCUGCAAGCCCCUACAUUACAAGAGAAUUCUCACACCUCCAGUGAUGCUGGGAAUAAGCAUGGUCAUCAUUAUCAGAGCCAUCAUAUUCAUGACUCCACUGAGUUGGAUGGUGAGUCAUGGACCUUUCUGUGGCUCCCAUGUGAUCCUCCAUUCCUACUGUGAGCACAUAGCUGUGGCCAAGUUAGCAUGUGCUGACCCCAUGCCCAGCAGUCUCUAUAGUCUGAUUGGUUCUUCCAUUAUUGUGGGCUCUGAUGCAGCCUUCAUUGCUGCCUCCUAUAACCUGAUUCUCCGGGCUGUAUUUAGUCUCUCCUCGAAGAAUGCUCAGUUGAAAGCAUUAAGCACAUGUGGUUCCCACAUGGGGGUUAUGGCUCUGUACUACCUACCUUGGAUGGCAUCCAUCUAUGUGGCCUGGCUAGGGAAAGACAGAGUGCCCCUGCACACUCAAGUGCUGCUAGCUGACCUGUACCUGGUCAUCCCACCCACCUUAAACCCCAUCAUCUAUGGCUUGAGGACUAAACAAAUGAGGGAGCGAAUAUGGGGUUUGCUGAUGCACUGCCUUUUAGACCAUUCCAACCUGGGCUGAUGAAUCCAAAAUCUGUUCAGACUUUGAGCAUUCCAGUCAGCUUUAAAGAUGCCUUAGGGGUCUGUGGAACUGUUUGGUUCACUUAAGACAUAUAGGAAUUCUAAGAGGAAUCUCUUAAGGGUAAUCUUGUAUAACUUUUCAGUUUCUAGCAAGAGUGUGAAUGAAAUGAUUCUAAAUUUUUAACAUCAUUUUUUAAUGGUUUUAACCAACUAGUGUCUGAAUAAGAGAAAGGUCUGAGCAAAGAAUGUAGAUUUGGGGUUUUUCUUUCCUUAGCUUCUGACCCAUAUUUCCAACCUAAUAUUCUAUCAGUCCCUCUGCAGAAGGAAACAAUUGUUUGGUUGCCCCACAUCUGGCUGCUUUCCUCAGAACUGCCCUUUUCUUCAUGGAAUUACAGAGAAGCUGUUACUAUAGGACCCUGCUCACUGGCCCACUGCAUCCACUCAGUUUGGGUCCUUCAUGGACUCCAGUUUAUCUGAGAUAUAAACUUGGGAUCACUGAUGAUGGCCACUU